ACUGAAGUGGAUCUCCGUGGAGGAUCUUAGCUAUAGCCUCCCCGAUCCAAUCAGCGAUUCAAUUCGAAACAUACCCCCCCAACGGUUGUGAAUUUUUCUAAUUUACUCUCUUGAUAUCAACUCUAUCGACUCUAUCAGAAAAGUGUUAGAAGAGCAAAUAGCCAGACUCUCAAACAACAAGCUGAAGCUAAAAAUACCAGGAAUUACAAGUAUGGGAAAAAAUACGGGUAUCUGGCAAGAGAUAAGCGGGAAUCACUUGAAAUCUACCAUCAGCGGCUCAUGUUUUGAUUUAGUUGACUCCCGGUGGCAUGUUAAAGUGUGAUAUACUCGUUAUUCUUGAAAAUGUAAUGGACAGCACGCAGAAGUAAUGGAGCCACAGAAGAAAGGCAGGAUCCCAGUGACAUUGCUCUCCAUUGUGACACUCGUUUUGCUCUGUGCGCCUCAACAUAUUUUCGGCCUAUUGAUGGAUUGUGAGCGAUUCCAGAGUAUCUCUCCUCCUGUCUUCUUUAUUGCCAUCCAAAUGAUCAUGCAACCCUGCCUAGGGGAGUCUGAAGAUGGCAUAAUAAGGGCAUUUCUUUCCACUGGAUCUUUAGCGUUGUCCUUCGGUAUAAUUUUUGCCAGUGUCAGUGAAAUAAUUCUUCAGGAGAAGACUCUGCUCUUCUCUCUAUUGUAUGGCGCUCUUGGAGGAAUUGGCGCAUUCCUCGUGACCACAAUUAUUCGAAGAUUUCUCAACAGAUUCUUCGAGGAGAAUAAUGCUAACUUAAUCGAGGUGAUAGAAUCCACAUCUCUUGCACUCAGCCAACUACUUUUCCCAUUCCUUGUGAUGCAAAUGAGGAUGUUUUACGGAGCAGAUAUGGCACUACUUUUUCUAGGAGCUAUUCUUUUGCACAUCCUCCCUCUUGGGCUGAUCCUUUCACAUUCUCGACUCCAAGUGCAAAUGCACAAUCUCGGGAGACAUCAAUCGGUGACGCCUAAUGAUCUCAAAACACCACAAAAUGGUAUGAGAAGAUGGGGAAAUAUGACUGGAAUCAAUAAUCACCAUCUGGCAGAUGAUUACGAGCUCCCAUUGAAGAACAUAACGAGCCAGGGAGUGGAAAUUAUGGACACAAUCCCUGAGGAAGACGAAGGAAUCAGUGGGAAAUCAAUCGACAUUCCAGAUAUCAAACUAAGGCAAUUUCAUACACGAAAGUAUUACUUUCUCUUCGAGUAUUGCCAAGAGAGCCGAAGAAUCUUAUCCGAGCUAUUCGUAAACCCCUUCAGGAGCAUCAUUAAGAGACAAAUACUUUUCCCAGGAGUCAUAUUGAGAGCAUGUGACAUGCUCAUAUACACUCUGAUGGUUUCUGGCUUACCUUGUCUAGUGACUGGUGAGAAAUACCGUCUAAGUUUAGUAGAAUCCAGCAUUCUACUAAGCCUCAUGGCUCUGCCCAUUAUCUUGAUCGCUCUGACCAGUGCCUGGAUGGAAGAUGUCUUAUGCGAGAAGAGCAAAUAUUGGCACAUUUCCGGAGAGAUCAGCAAGCUUGUAGGAUGCAUAAUCAUUACAUCCUCCCAUACAAUAUUCUUCCUCCGAAUGGGUGUUCUUUGCCUAGGCGCUGGUCAGGGUCUGUUCAUCAUUCUUCAGGAGAGGAUCAUAAGAGAAAUAGUAGAUGAGGAUAAUUGGAGGCUCACCAGGAGCCAUAUAUCCGCAGUCAGUGGCUAUUUAUUAUUAAUAUUAGGAUUUUUCACUAAUCAUUUGAUAGCUAUCGUAGAAUUUAGCACUAUUUUCCUGGUCACAGGGCUUUUCUACAGUGCUGCCAUUUUUUCUUUUAUUCUCACGACUUAUUUUUAACUUUCUAGUCCACAUUCAAUAGAUAUUUCUUUGCGUAUUACUUUUUGUUGUCAUGAACUUAAUUUACGUAUAAUAUUAU